AUGCUCCUAAAAAGUGGAUUUCUUCUGUUCUUUGUCCUGGCUGUGUCUGCCUUUGAAACAGACAAGCAUGAACCUGAACUGAGAAGAACUCGUUUCUCAGCCAGCAGUCCAUCUGAAGUGGCCCGCUGUCUGAGCAGUGCUCUGCAAGUGGGCUGUAGUGCAUUUGCUUGCUUGGAAAAUUCUACCUGUGAUACUGAUGGUAUGCAUGACAUCUGCAAUGUCUUUAUCAAUACAGCAGCAGUUUUCAACACAGAGGGCAAGACCUUCGUCAAGGAGAGCAUUAAAUGCAUAGCCAAAGGCAUCACCUCCAAGGUUUAUCAGACCAUCCGUCGCUGUGCCACCUUCCAAAAAAUGAUUACGGAGGUGCAAGAGGAAUGCUACAGCAAGCUGGGCAUCUGUGGAAUGGCCCGCUCCAACCCUGAUGCUAUUGGAGAAGUUGUCCAGGUGCCCAGAAAUUUUCCAAACAGGUACUACAGUACCCUGCUGCAGAGCUUGAUGAAGUGUGAAGAGGAAAUAGUGGGGGUAGUUCGGUCAGGGUUGGUGGCGAGACUGGGCCCUGAUAUGGACACCCUCUUCCAACUGCUGCAGAAGAACCUGUGCCCCAUGGAUUUUGGUACUGGCCACGUUGGGACAGACAGCCAGGAGAGUUUUCGCUGGCCCCUGGGACCUCCGAUGUUCAAGAUCCAACCCAGUAUGCGCAACAGAGAUCCAAAUCAUCUCUUUGCCAAGAAACGUUCAGUUGAAGAUAGAGCACCAAUUCAAUAAGAUGUUGAAAAUGUUAACAUCCAUAUAACCACAAAGUCAAUGCAUGUGAUAUUCUGUGAUAUAUUUUGUGAUGUUUUAUGGAAUUACAUUGAUUGUUCCUUAUGCUUUAAAAUGUGCCAAUAUAUGAUAGCUCAUAGCUGAAU